UUCCAACCGGAAGUAAGCCCUUUUCUUUCCCCCCUCCCGGGCUCCGGAAACGCGCGCGGCGCCCCGAGUUAUUGUGCGCGGGAGAGGGCAAGAUGGCGGCCAAUAUGUACCGGGUGGGAGAUUAUGUGUACUUUGAAAAUUCUUCCAGUAACCCGUAUCUGAUCAGGAGGAUAGAGGAACUUAACAAGACAGCCAACGGCAAUGUUGAAGCAAAGGUGGUCUGUCUUUUUCGUCGCAGAGAUAUCUCCAGCAGUUUGAAUAGUCUUGCAGAUAGUAAUGCUCGAGAGUUUGAGGAUGAGUCUAAGCAGCCUGUGGUGGGAGAACCACAGAGACACCAGCUUAAACACAGAGAGCUUUUCCUCUCCAGGCAAUUUGAAUCCUUGCCUGCAACACACAUCCGCGGGAAGUGCAGUGUGACUCUUCUAAAUGAGACUGAUAUCUUAAGCCAGUACCUGGAAAAAGAGGACUGCUUCUUCUACUCGCUUGUGUUUGACCCUGUGCAAAAAACACUGUUGGCUGAUCAGGGAGAAAUUCGUGUUGGGUCAAAGUACCAGGCAGAUAUUCCAGACCAGCUUGCAGAAGGCGAGUCUGAUAACCGGAACCAGCAGAAGAUGGAAAUGAAAGUUUGGGAUCCAGAGAAUCCUCUGACAGACAGGCAAAUAGAUCAAUUUUUGGUGGUGGCCAGAGCGGUUGGAACAUUUGCAAGAGCUUUAGACUGUAGCAGUUCUAUCAGACAACCAAGUUUACAUAUGAGCGCAGCUGCUGCAUCCCGUGACAUCACACUGUUUCAUGCAAUGGACACACUACAAAGGAACGGAUACGAUUUGGCCCGUGCAAUGUCUACACUGGUUCCUCAAGGUGGCCCAGUUCUGUGCCGGGACGAGAUGGAAGAAUGGUCAGCAUCAGAAGCUAUGCUAUUUGAGGAGGCCCUUGAGAAAUAUGGCAAGGACUUCAAUGACAUCCGGCAAGACUUUCUCCCCUGGAAGUCACUCGCAAGCAUUGUACAGUUUUACUACAUGUGGAAAACCACAGACAGAUAUAUCCAGCAGAAACGACUGAAGGCAGCAGAGGCUGAUAGCAAAUUGAAACAAGUCUAUAUACCUACAUACACCAAACCUAACCCCAAUCAGAUUAUUUCUGUUGGAUCUAAACCUGGACUUAAUGGUGCUGGCUUUCAGAAAGGGCUGACCUGUGAGAGCUGCCACACAACCGUCUCUGCUCAGUGGUAUGCCUGGGGUCCACCUAACAUGCAAUGUCGCCUUUGUGCUUCAUGCUGGAUCUACUGGAAAAAGUAUGGAGGGCUUAAAACUCCAACUCAACUUGAGGGUGCAGCACGGAAUGUUGGGGAAUCACAUUCACGAGGUCAUCUCUCAAGUCAGAGUAUAUCCCCUUAUACCACCAGCGCCAACCGCGCUAAACUACUGGCUAAGAACCGUCAGACUUUCCUUCUCCAAACGACCAAACUGACUCGCAUUGCUCGGCGGAUGUGCAGAGAUAUUCUGCAGCCAAGAAGAGCUGCUCGUCGACCCUAUGCACCUAUCAAUUCUAAUUCGAUCAAAGCAGAAUGUUCUAUUCGACUUCCAAAAGCGUCUAAAACACCCUUGAAAAUUUUGCCUCUGGUGCGUCCUCCCUUGGCUGCAAUCGUAAAAGAAUUAGCUGCCCAGGCUCCUCUGAAACCGAAAACCCCACGAGGAACAAAGACUCCAAUAAAUCGAAACCAGCUGACACAAAGCAGAGGUCUUAGUGUGCUACCCUCCAAGAGAACAUAUGAUGCAGUGUCUGGGGUGGGGGUGGUCCCUCCAUUCUCAGCAAAUGGCCGAUCCUUCUCCUCGGGUGUCCGAUCCAGCACUCAGCCCACUGUCAAGAGGCAGAAACUCAACCUUGCCGAUGCCCCUAAUCCUGUAGUGUUUGUGGCUACUAAAGACACAAGAUGUUUAAGGAAAUCUUUGUCACACAUGGAGAUGCGUAGAGCUGCUCGGCGUCCCAAUCAACCCCUUAAACUUAAGAUACCGUUGCCAACGCCACGGCCCGUUCAUCAUCCCACCCUCAGUGCAGCGCAUCCUGCCAGUACAAGUGAGCCUAUAGUGCUGGAGGACUGAGGGAAUCCUAGAGUCGUCCUAAUCCAGAGAGUUUGCCCUGCAACCUUUCAACUACCGGUGCUGUUCAGCCAGUAUAUACCAAUCAUUCAAUUGUGUUGGAAGACAGAGGGAGAGGGAACAGCAAGACCGAUCCUUUUGAAAUUUAUACAUUACAAACUGUCCACACAGCAGCAUCAAGGACACUUUUUUUUUUCCUCUUUAACAUCUUGUUUCCUUACAUUCUUCCCAUCUCCUUUAUUUUUAAUAUAUAUUUUCCUCUCCCCAACCCUACCCCUUUCCAGUUUGUCGGCUCUCUUAAACCUAGCUCAUUUUCCCAGUUUUUUUUUUUUUUUUUUUUAUAAUUAUUCUUUAGGUUUGUUUUUUGCUUUUUUGUACAAGGAAAACUGUAAUUCCACCAGUAAACGGAGAAAAGACAA